AUGGCGAACCCUUUCCUGAUGACUGACGAGGACGUGAGUCCAUCCGCGGCCGCGUACCAGAAUCCAUUCCUGAUGACAGACGGCCCUGACGAUGAGAUGGACUACAUGGCGGAAAACCCAUUCGCGUCGGGAGCCACAAAUCCUUUUGCCGAGUUCGAGGAACCUCAGGCGCAGGCUUUGCCCAAUGAUAUUGACAUGUAUACUGCUACUCAGAUGGGGAUUGUGACAACAGGGAUGCAACUAUUCAUGGGAGCUGAUGCCAGCGCUUCAGUGACCACGACUGCAGGCAAUACGUUCCAGUCCAUUUCAUCGGGAGUGAACAUCUUUCAAGAAGAUCCUUCGCUGGUGCACAAACCAAUGGAGCUGGACAUCAAACAGCCGGCACUUAGUAAUGUAUUUGAGGACUCUGGGUAUGCAUACUCAAGUGAGGAGGAGUUGAGCAAGGUUAAGAAGAAGGCACCGCCAGCUAGACCAGCAGUAGGACCAGCUAAGGCCACUCAGGACUUGAUACUCUCUGUGGCUGAUCAACUAGACAUGGCGAGUUCACACUUGCUAGGACGAAUACCGGCGACCAGGACUCCAAGUCCAGUGUCCAUGAGGGACCUACACUCCCCGAGUCCCACUCCAGACGCAGUCGGAGACUUACUGGACGUGUCCGAUGGAGAUUUGAUGGCUGAACCCAUUAAUGACAACCCCUUCAGUGAACCGCAGGCGAUUCCUGAGCAGCCAGUAAUACCUGUGGAUGCCAUCAAGAGCACACCCAGUCGGCCUCCACCACCUCGUCCUGCCGGACCUCCGCCCAAACCCGCGCCUCCUGCAAUGGCCCAAGUUCCGGCUGCUCCGCCGGCGCGUCCUCCAGUGGCCGUCCAGCAACCGCAAACUGAACCGGACUUCAUGAUGGACAUCUUUGGGUCAGAGCAGCCCGUUGCCCCCAAACCACCAGCGCCCAAGUCCAAGGAAGAUAUCCUCAGUCUCUUCGCCACUCCGACUCCCCAGACAACGAAUACUCAACCCGAUCUACUGAGCGGCGACAUCCCUGAGUUGGACUCAGGAAUCGGCCUGGGAAUGCCCGUGUUUGGUGCUGACAUCACGACUCAAGCCGCUGCUCCUCCGGCAGUAGAGCCAGUGAUUGUCCACACUCCGGCUCUGCUCACGCCUCCAGAUGAGCAGGUGCGCUUCCAAGAGGCAGAGGUACGAAUUGAGGACGCCAAGUCGGACAUCUCAUCUGAGCACAGUGGUUCCAAUGCCACCAUAACAGCCCUUCCAUCUUCAGUGACUGGGAGUAUUGGGAACAUUGCAACACCGGUUGAGAUGGUGGAACAGACAGAACAAGAGGAGCCUUUGCCGCCGCCACCUGAAGAGGCUGAAUACCCAGCUUCCUCUUCGGCCAAUCCAUUCGCCAGUCCAACUGAGGAGGAGCGCGCCAACGAACCACUGUACGAAGUGAAGGAGACUAUCGUGGCGCCCAAGUUUGUGCCACGUCCUCCACCACCACGGCCGGCUCCACCGCCCAUUCCUCCGCAGCCCAAGGUGGCUCCUGCACCUGUUCCCGCGCCCGCACUCGCGCCCGCACCCGCGCCCGCACCCGCGCCCGCACCCAUUCCUGCUCCUGUUGCAGCCCCCAUAAUUCCUCAAGUUCCCGUGGCGCCGUCUGUGGUUCCAGUCACUGCUCCUUUGCCUCAAAAUGAAAUAUUUGGCAUCGUCGAAGAGGCUCCUCCGCCCAGGGUUGCGGAUGAAUUCGAUGCAUUCGCCGCUAAGUUUGAUUCAGCUGACGCCAAGACAUCCAAUGCAUUCGGGGAUGAUCCUGUGAAAAGCGUUCUCAAUGGCUUCGGCCCGACAACGAGUGAUGACGCCUGGGGUGGGAGUACUCCUGCUUUCGGAGACGAGGCUGCGUCUGCUGAUGGUUUUGGUGCUGACGAGGAGAGUUUCGACACCUAUCUCUCUAUGAAUCCCCCAGCCGUGGAGAGAGCAGACUCUCAUGAUUCUGAUGAUGCUCAAAGAGACUUUAAUGUGGUAAUAAAGCCAAGGGAAGGCGAUACAACUCCCAGUUUUAUGGCAGCCGCUCUGGCUCCUCCGCCCAAGAGUUCUGCCAAUUCUACUUACUCAGGAGACUCCUCCCCAAGGGUGAAUCCCUUCGACAAGGGCUACGAUGAGCCCAUGACUAUGGAUAUCACUCCGGAUACUAAACCGACCUUUGAGCGAUCGGACUCGCAGGAAUCUCCGCCGACUCCGCUCUUCGAUGAAGACGUCUCGCAGCCCCUGGAGGAUUUCCCCAGGAUAAUGGUCGAUGGUGCUAAGGGAUGGGAGAUGCAACUGCGACAGCCCAAUAAGAAGAAGAUCACGGGUCAGAGAUUUUGGAAGAAGAUUUUCGUUAGACUUGUGUACCAGGGUGACAAUCCUGUUAUGCAACUCUGCAAUUCAUCCAAUGACAAGGAACCCUUCCAGGAGUUGCCUCUGCAGGCAUGCUACUCUGUAUCAGACAUUGGAGCGCAGCAAUAUGACCAGUUUGGGAAGAUAUUUACUGUCAAAUUGCAGUACAUCUUCUACAAAGAGAGACCGGGCGUGAGACCAGGACAGGUGACGAAGGCUGAACGUUUAACCAAUAAGCUUAGCCAAUUUGCCGCUUACGCAAUCCAAGGAGAUUACCAGGGAGUGAAGGAGUUCGGAAGUGAUCUGAAGAAACUUGGUUUGCCAGUUGAACAUGCUCCUCAAGUGUCUCAGCUAUUUAAGAUUGGUUCCAUGAGCUUUGAGGACAUGAAGCAGUUUUCUGUGGUCGUCGAGGAAGCUCUGUUUAAGCUUCACGCCCAUCGAGAUCGGGCUCUGAACUACAAGUCCGAGGAAGUUCAACUUACAGCUGUGGAUGAAUUGUAUGCUGAGCAAGAUGCUGAAGGUCACAUUACGAAGCAAAUAGCCAGGGUUCGGCUCUUCUUCCUCGGCUUCUUGUCCGGCAUGCCGACCAUCGAGUUGGGCGUGAAUGAUCUGUGGCGCCAGGGAAAGGAGGUCGUGGGUCGGCAUGACAUCAUCCCCGUUGUCACUGAGGAGUGGAUUCGACUUGAGGGCGUGGAGUUCCACUCCUGCGUACAGCAGGAUGAAUAUGAGCGCACUAGAACUAUUAAAUUCCAGCCUCCCGACGCAUGUUACAUCGAGCUGAUGAGAUUCCGAGUGCGUCCGCCGAAGAAUCGAGAGUUGCCACUGCAAGUCAAGGCGACGUGGUGCGUUACUGGCAACAGGGUUGAAUUGAGAGUGGAUGUUUUGGUGCCUGGCUUCGCCUCAAGGAAGCUCGGUCAGAUUCCAUGUGAGGACGUGGCGAUUCGGUUUCCCAUUCCCGAGUGCUGGAUUUACUUGUUCCGAGUGGAGAAGCACUUCCGCUACGGAUCGGUGAAGUCUGCUCACCGUAGGACUGGUAAGAUUAAGGGUAUAGAGAGGAUUUUGGGUACCAUGGAUCAACUGCAGGAGUCGCUGAUUGAGGUGACAUCAGGUCAGGCCAAGUAUGAGCAUCAGCAUAGGUCCAUUGUUUGGAGAUGUCCUCGCUUACCUAAGGAGGGCCAAGGCGCCUACACAACUCAUCAGAUGGUCUGCCGAAUGGCUCUCACCAGCUACGAUCAGAUCCCUGAGCAAUUGGCACCGUAUUGCUACGUGGAGUUCACGAUGCCUGCCACUCAGGUGUCGCACACAACAGUGAGGUCUGUCAGUGUCCAGGAAUCAGACAGUGACGAUCCUCCUGAGAAGUACGUCCGGUACCUUGCGCGCCAUGAAUACAGGGUUGGGAUUGAGCACACUCAAGGCGAGAGCCAGAAUGCUUAUUUGGCAGCCACAACGGUCAGUAAGCCCAUCAAGGAGGAACCACCGGCUCCAGCUCUCUCGCCAAUGGCUCCCAGCGACUCCGACUCUGACUCCAACUAAGGAUUCCACACAAGUAUGAGUUGAAGUUUCUUUUCUGCAAUAAAUUAAUUUAGCCCAUAUGGUGAAAUCGCAAAGAGGAGAGAUGAUCAAGUAAUAAAUCAUUGUUGUCAAAUAGCUUCAAAGGAUAAGGAAAGGUGGAAAAUAUUAAAUUAAUUGUUAUUGCAUAUUUAGUGAUUAAAGGACAACCUAUUAUACCGUAUUUUUCUGCUUGGCACCAUAGCAAAUAAUAUAAUUGAAGAAAGUCUAUAUUGAUGAAGCGUUGAAGGUCAGGAGAACCUAUUAUAGUUUCUAAAUUCUAAGCUUUUAUUAGACAAAAAUAAAUUGAUCACGUCUAUAUCAGGCAAAAGAAGAGGAGAGUAAUAAUUGGAGAGCAUAUUAUUAGUUGACAAUAACAGAGUAUUAAAAGAUGAUAUAAAUUGUAUUUACUAUAGAGGAUUGCGCGUUUUAGUCAAGCAGAAGAAGAUUAAUUGAAACUUGUUGCAUGUUAUAGCCUAUCCCCUGAACAAAGAAAUGGACUUGAGCGAAGGAUUCUGUGAAUGGUUGAGAGGAGAUUGGCAGCCCAAAUGUUCUUGACUAUAUUGUUACCAUUUAGAUUAUAUAAUCCUGGAAAUGAUACAUUAAUGAAAUGCAUUAAAAAUAUAAGUAUAAACAAAACAUUGAUGCGCACUAAAGACAUUUUUUGUGACCAGAAGAACGCUCUGUAUACAGAAUACUUGGUGAAGUCUUGAAAAUAUAUUAUAUUGUAAUGUGACAAAACGUCUACUUAAAUAUAUAUUGCCCUUUCGUUCCUUCUCUAAAAAUGAUGCAAGAUCUCUCAUUGAAAAUAUCAAAAUAAAGUGAAUAUAGAAAUGGUUGUAGAGUAGGAUUAGGAUCAUACUAGUGAGGGCAGAGGAUUUGCGAUGCAAAGAGAUAUGUGAAAAGUGUGAGGAUGAUCAUUAUACGUAUAAAGUAUGUAACUAAAUGUAUGAUAAAAUAUUACAAGAAAGAUGAUAUUAUUGAACAUAUGGAAUAUAUAAAGUAUUAGAGAGGAAUCAGCAUAAAAUGUAAUGGAUAACAAUAAAGAAAAUGUAAUUGCGAA